ACUCCCCUCAGUCAUUAGCCCAUGUGACAAAAGGACGUUGGAAAGUUACGAGGCCAGUUUAACUGAAGGCAUCUGACAAGAAUUACAAAUUUUCUACUCUAGCCUAUUCAAAUGGGGACAUGUUUAUUGUUUGUUUUUUUACCCUGCGGAUAUGCAGGAUUAUUGUAUUGAACUUAAAUGUAAUGAUUGGUUGAAGAAGAUCAAUAGGCUGCUGUUGUGUAUAUACCGUGAAGUAUUUUCCAUUUUAUUUUAGAAAAGUUUUAGUACAAAACCUUUUUAAUCGUGGGACUAUUAACUCGUAGGCUAUUGUCUUUUCAAUGUUUUAAACAUCCCGAGGCACACAGGAACUGUCCGAGAGAAAGUGAACACCGAAUGCGCGCCCUUAGCGGUGUCAAGGAGUCAUUUCUGCUUAGGGUAAAUUACGGGGCAUUUGCGUCAUUUCACUUUCAAAGUCAUAUUAGCCUUUUGAGGUCAGUUUAAAAAAAUCCUAGGUGACCACUCACAGACACAUCUGUGUGACCAUGCUACAAAAUGGUAACGGUAAGGAGCAACCUUCUGAAUCGCCGAAGGCUGAGCCAAAACUUGACACCACAUCAGAACCUCAAACCGAACCAGACUCAACUGACAACGCGGCGCCGGCUGCACAGGAAGACACGAAUUCCACGCAAUUCCCUAUGCCCGUUUACCCAAAAUUGGAGAUAAAGCGUAACGCGGUGACAGACGAGUAUAAGAUCUCCAGUCAGGUCCUUGGGUUGGGGAUCAAUGGGAAGGUUCUGGAAUGCACCAAUAAGAAGACUGGGGAGAAGUGCGCACUGAAGAUCCUCUAUGACAGUCCCAAGGCGAGGCGGGAGGUUGAGCUACACUGGCGGGUGUCGGGGGGGCCAUACAUCGUUCGCAUUCUCAGUCUGUACGAGAACAUGCAUCAUGGGAAGAAGUGCCUGCUCAUCAUCAUGGAAUGUAUGCAAGGUGGAGAACUGUUCAGCCGGAUCCAGGCCAGAGGGGACCAGGCUUUCACUGAGAGAGAGGGCUCAGAGAUCAUGCGGGAUAUUGGCACGGCCAUCGAGUUCCUCCACAACAUGAACAUCGCACACAGAGACAUCAAGCCUGAGAACCUGCUGUACACCCAUCAGGAGCUCAAUGGUACUCUCAAACUGACAGACUUUGGCUUCGCUAAGGAGACCACGCACAACCUCCUGCAGACCCCCUGCUACACCCCUUACUACGUGGCCCCUGAGGUUUUGGGCCCGGAGAAAUAUGACAAGUCGUGUGACAUGUGGUCUCUGGGUGUCAUCAUGUACAUCCUGCUGUGUGGGUUCCCUCCAUUCUAUUCUAACACAGGCCAAGCCAUCUCUCCAGGGAUGAAGCGGAGAAUCAGGCUGGGCCAGUACGAGUUCCCAAAACCUGAGUGGGCUGAAGUGUCAGAGGAAGCCAAACAGUUGAUCAAUCAGCUGCUGAAGACAGACCCCAACGAGAGAAUGACCAUCACACAGUUUACGAACCACCCCUGGAUCAAUCAGUCCAUGGUUGUUCCCUCCACACCGCUCCACACAACACGGGUCCUGACUGAGGACAGAGAGAUGUGGGAUGACGUGAAGGAUGAGAUGACCAGUGCUCUGGCCACCAUGCGUGUGGAUUACGACCAGGUGAAGAUCAAAGACCUGGACACUUCCAGCAACCCUCUGCUCAACAAGAGGCGCAAGAAGGCCGCUGCCGGGGGCAAAUUGGGAGGCACCGUCUGCAACAGCCAGUGAGAGACUGACAUGGGAGGGAAACCACACCCGGAACAGCAGAAAAAGUGGAAGGGAAGCCGAGAGGAAGGAGGGUAGAUACAACUGGAACAGCUGAUAGGAAAAAAGUUGUGGGAGGUCUGGGCAGGAAUGUGUAGAAGAGACUUAGCAUGCGGAGUGUGUACAUACAGCAGAGGGGGAAGAGGGGGGUACUGCUAGGGAACAGCAAGGAAAUGUGAUUUGAAGCUUCUCAGCAAUCAGUUGAACUGAAGGACACAUGAAGUGAUGACAAAGUCUGCAUCUCUUAUCAACAGGCCUUCAUACUGUUGGCCUUCCAUAAUUUUAACUUGAUUGUGUUUUUGUGUAUGUGCAUGUUAAUUUGAAAGGUUGUUCAGGAUCUGCUCUAUAUAAGUUCAUGUAUAUUUUUUGUGUGUGUUGGUAAGGGAGAACGGGGUUGGUUGUCUCACGGGUUGGUUGUCACAGUGCUAAUUACUCCCAAUCUAAAUGGCAAUGUGUAAUUUGUAAGGUAAAAAUGUGUGAAUUAUUUGAAGGAAUUCAUCCAACUGAUCAAUACAUGUCAGCAUGACAAAACAUUGAGAUGACGGGAAUUUAUGUUUUUCAUAGGUGGAAGUAAAAUAUAUAUAUAUUGGUAUUUUCUUUGUAAAUGUUUGUGGGAGUAUCCAUGAACAAUUAUGUUUGUUGAAAAGAGGAAAGGGAGAACUAUAUUUCAAACAUAUUUCUGAGUUCCAAGGUCUAGCCAUGUGGUAGCCAGCAUCUUCGUUAGUUUUGGGGAGCUGGUUGGGGAUGGUUGUUACUUGGAAUGUGGGGUUGGUUGUCACUAUCAACUCCAUUAUAAUACAUCCCAAGCUCUUUUGUGCUUGUGCUAUAAAGAGCUCAUUUAGUUUCCUCUCCCUCACUCACAUAUUUUUUUCAAACACACAAAUUUACUCAAAAUGCCAUAUUUUAUUCUCACGGCAUAAAAUGCUGAAUUUUAUUCAGAAUAUUUCUAAGACUAUACUAUAUUGCUUAAUUUCCUGUUACAAAAGCCAUAAUCUACCAGCAAACAGGCACUGUCCCACUGUGCACACACUGGUUGAAUCAACAUUGUUUCCACAUCAUUCAGUACAACAGGUAGCCUAGUGGUUAAGGGCCUGUAACCGAAAGGUUGCUGGAUCAAAUCCCUGAGCUGACAAGUUAAAAAGCUGUCGUUCUGCUCCUGAACAAGGCAGUUAACCCACUGUUCCUAGGUUGUCAUUGAAAAUAAGAAUUUGUUCUUAACUGACUUGCCUAGUAAAAUAAAGGUUAAAAAAAAAUCCAUUCAAUGAAUUGAUGUCUGUGCCCAGUGGGGUGUGACAUCCAAUCCCACGAGUGUGUUUGAUGGAUGGAGAAAGACCAAGGUAUUGGCUUCAAAUGGAGACUGUUUUCAAUCCCCAUGAAUUAUUCCAACAUGGAGUUAUAACUCCAUGUUGGAAUAAUUCAUGACUAUAGAAAACAGUCUCCAUUUGAAGCCAAUACCUUGGUCUUUCUCCUAAUAUUGAAAAGAGUUUAUAAGAUCUACUGGUGCUGAGAAAUACACACAAGACCAACCCCGGUCUCCCUUAAUGAUGAUGAGCUGUGCUGGAUCGCCUAUCCAUUUCAGGUUCUUUCUCUUUCCAAUGCACAAUAGAGGAGCACAUAUCACAGAUCAUACACCUGAAAACAUGGGUGCAUGGUGGAAAUGAUGAUGAGACAGUUAACGAGACAGACCAACCAUUGACUGUCAGUGAAGCCAUCACACUCUAGUCUAGAUUAUCUGUGCUGUUUUGUUACAAUGUCUGUUUUUUGGUCCUUUUUUCAGCGAUUAAAACAAACUUUGGAA